CAAAGACAGGGAUCAAUAAAAUUUAAUUGGGUUAUAAACGUUCACCUCAUAAUAAGUACUAAUACUUAUUCUAGGAUUUCAUUCAUAUUUCAUUGAUAUGAUUGACAUUAGGCAUUGACACACGAGUAGAAUUUUAUUAAAUUUUAUGGUUGUCUAAAAUCAAAUUAGAAUACAAGAAUAAGUAGGUAAUACAUAAUAUUGUGAAUGCAUACGUUUACAAAACGCAGCGAAACGGUCUGCUGUCUGGUAUUUGACAAAACAAGGUUGCCAGGCAACCUAAUUGACUAAACGGCUCUUAUUUCCAUAAAUCUAGUUUCUAUUUUAUUUUUAUAUUCGUAUCGAGAGACUUUCUAAUUUGUAUCGCAUAUUAAAUCGUAUCAAAUUAUGGCGGAGAACGCAGAUAAUAUUUCAACGUUUAGUGUCGAUGGCGGGCAGGACACUGUUGGCUUGCCUAGGAUCGUUAUGGUCACUGAAGGCUCUGACACCUCAGCAUCAUCCCCUUCCUCCACCUCCUCUUCUGAAGACAACUGGGCCAACCUAAUCAAGUCCACAGAAAUACCGCCAGAGUACUGGCACAUACAGAAACUGGUCAAAUACAUGAAAGCCGGCAAUCAAACAGCAACAAUGGUGGCGCUUUCGUGCUUGAAAGACCAUGAUUUGACUAUCGAGGUUAAUCAGAGAGCUAUCCAGGAAAUCGGAGGGUUAGAGUUGCUUGUGAAUUUACUAGAAACUCGGGAUCUCUGCUGUGUUUUAGGAGGAUUGGCUGUUCUUAAAGAUAUAACGCCUAAUUUUGAAAUCAGGAAGAAAGUAACGGAUCUCGGAGCGAUUCCUUUGCUAGUGGGUCUGUUGUCCGACCCGGCCAGGGAUGUGCAGAUUCUUGCAGCGGAGACUAUUGCCAAUUUAGGCAAGAUUCGGAAAAGCAGGAAGUUCUGCCGAAAAUUUGGGGGGCUGCCGAAACUAAUCGAUUUACUGGAUAUUAAAGAAAGAUAUCUCGUAACUCCACGAGAAGAACUGAACCAAGACGAAUUACAGUUCUUAGAUAUAGCGCGAGCUGGGGCCAAAGCGCUCUGGUCCAUGUCCUCAUCUCAGAGAAAUCGAGAAGCCAUGAGAAAAUACGGCAUGAUCCCUCUCAUCGCAAGGCUCUUGAAGACCAUCCAUUUGGACGUCGCUAUCCCUGCGACUGGUCUUUUACAAAUGUGUACGAAUGAGACGUCUUUCCAACUAGCCAUACAGACGGAAAAGAUGGUCGAUGAUUUGAUAAAACACUUGGCGAACGAGGACAAGGAUUUGAAGACCUAUUGCAGCCUCGCUAUCUACAAAUGCGCAAGCGAUCCCAUCACCCGAGACAUGAUCAGAGAAGGCGGAGGCCUCGAAUUACUCGUAGAAGCCGCUUCAGACCCCUCAAACAGGGCCAACAAGCCUCUCAUGGCGGCCGUGACAGGAGCCCUCUGGAAAUGCGCGGCCAGCGAAGCCAGUGUCAAAAGGCUGGAUAGCCUCCAAGCUGUGCCAAUAUUGGUGAAGUUGUUGGAUGAUGAAAAUGAUGGGGUGCUCACGAAUGUGGCGGGUGCGUUGGCGGAGUGUGCUAAGUCGCAGCCGAAUAGGGAUAAGAUUAGGGCCGCGGGAGGCAUGCCUAUGCUGAUUCACCAUCUGAACAACACACACAAGCCUCUCCUCGAAAACGUGCCACUCGUCAUAAUGGAAUGCGCCAAGGAGACCAGUUGUAUGCUCGAAAUAGAUGAACUGGAUGGCGUGCGACUGGUUUGGUCCUUGCUCAAGAAUGAUUCCCCUAGGGUGCAGACCAAUGCCGCUCUAGCUUUGAGCCCUUGUGUGCAAAAUGCGGCGGAUUCUGGGGAGAUGGUCAGGUCCUUCGUAGGUGCUUUGGAACUGACGGUGGAUCUGCUAGACUCUGACGAUCACAACGUGUUGUCGGCCAUUUGCGCAGCUAUCGCCACUAUAGCGAAGGACAAUGAGAACCUGGCUGUUAUAUCCGAUCAUGGUGUGGUGGGGAAACUGUCCAAGUUAGUAACAACAACAGACGACCAUCUUCGCGCCAACUUAGGCGUAGCCAUCGCUUAUUGCUGCGACUGGGCUCAGAACCGACAAGAAUUCAACAAACGAGGCGCCAUCACACCCUUAGUCAAUUGGAUGACGUCACGAAACACGGACGUUCAUCGAGCGACGGCACUCGCCUUGUAUCACCUGUCAUUCUUCUCUAUCAACUGCGUGACGAUGCAUGCCGCUGGCGUUGUCCAAUUUCUGCUUGAAACCAUUGCCUCCAAGGACCCGAUUCUCCAAGAAGCAUCUGCUGGCUGUUUGUGUAACAUCAGGAAGCUCGCACUCGCCACAGAAAAGAUCAAGUUGAAACAAUAAAAGUUAUAACACCAGUGAGGUAUUUUAAGGUGGCAAAAGCAGUGGGACCAGAGGGUAUUUUAAAGUGGCAAAGGCAUUAGGGAUUUUGAAGUCGCAAAGCAGUGUCUAUGGUCCGAGAGAUACUCGGAACUAAACUGCCAGGAUGUGAGCACAUGUAAUUCGAAGGACUUGCGACGUUUCUCAGUUGGAAUACCUAAAGGUAGUUACGAUGAUGAUGAAUGUUGUGGUGUCGGUAACUACGGGUAUUAUAACUACCAUUAAAUUUGGGGCAAACUCUGGCUGGUAUGAAAUAAUUGGACCAGCCCCGUUGGGUGAAAGGUUGUGUCUUGCGAAAGUGGAAAUACCUUUCAAAUCACUGAGGGAAAAAAUAUUCUGAAAAUUUAUAUAUUUGAUCCACGAUCCACGACAAAAUAAUGUGAGAUUCUGGAGAACAACGUAUAAUCAUGGGA